UGACCACAGUCGCCCGGGGAGAGGCGAGUUGAACAUAGGCUUACGCUUCCGUGACGUAGAUCGCUUGUAUUGAAUUGAAAAAAUAUAUUUCUAAACUGCGGAAUCGCUUGCUGCUAACCACCAGCCAGCCAGCAAAUUAAUGAAAAAUAGCGAACAAUGAACGUCUUGGUCACGUGCUUGUUUUUCGCCGGUCUGUCCUACCUGUAUAGCACCGACCUAAUAUCUGUGCUCCGUGUUUAUGUUGCAGAGUGGGUCCUCGGCGCCUCUAUGCCCGAACCAGGAGCUCCGCGGCGGACUCCGCAAGGUGUCCCCUACGCCGACUUGCAUCACAUCGUCAACGCCGACGGACAGCACUUGUUCUGCCGCUACUGGGAGCCAGAGGGCCCCCCAAGGGCUCUAGUGUUCGUGGCCCAUGGGGCAGGGGAGCAUUGUGGGCCUUAUGAUGAGAUCGGCCAGACCCUGAAGGAACAGUCUCUGCUUGUCUUUGCACACGACCAUGUUGGCCAUGGCCAGAGUGAAGGAGACCGGAUGAAUAUUAAGGACUUCCAGGUGUUUGUCAGAGACUCCCUCCAGCACAUUGACCUGAUGAAGGGACGACACCCUGACCUGCCAAUCUUCAUCAUUGGACAUUCUAUGGGUGGAGCCAUUUCCAUUCUGACUGCGUGUGAACGACCUAAUGACUUUGCCGGUGUGGCUCUGAUUGCUCCUAUGGUCAAGAUGAACCCAGAAUCUGCCACACCCUUCAAGGUGUUCCUGGCUAAAGUCCUAAAUCACAUGGUGCCUAGUCUCUCUCUGGGCUCUAUUGAGUCUAAAUGGGUUUCACGGGACCAAAAACAGGUUGAGGCGUAUGACAAUGACGAGUUGAACUAUCACGGUGGGCUGCGUGUGUCAUUUGGCAUGCAGCUGAUGGGCGCGGUGGCGCGGAUCGAGAGAGAGGUCCCUGCCAUCACCUGGCCCUUCCUGCUUCUCCAUGGUGACGACGACAAGCUGUGUGACAUUAGAGGGUCCCAGAUGAUGUUUGACAUGGCCCAGAGCACGGACAAGAAGAUUAAGGUGUACGACGGAGCAUACCACGCCCUGCACCAUGAACUCCCAGAGACGGCGGCAGCGGUGCUGAAGGAAGUCACUGGCUGGAUCUCUGAGCGUCUCGCUGGGUCUCCUUCUCAGGGCUCCUAGUCCCCUCCUCCUCUUCACCACCCAACCCACUGUAUGACCUAAAUACAUUUAUACUGACAGCAUAUACUCUACUGAUAGCCGACCAGGAGCGAUCAUUUUCAGUACAAAUGUAGUUAACUGCACCUUACCCCAACCCCAGCCCUGUGCACGUCAGUCAGACUUAAAACCUCUUGGUCCUCUGGGGAGAAGUGGGGGGUGACAGGUCAGGAGGCCCACAGGAGGUUUCCUUAAGGUCAACUUGUCAGUGACCUUUGACCCCCGUGGCCAAUGUAGGUCCUGAUUUUCUAGGCUCUUCAUUAGGGACAACAGUUGUGCCCCAGCUGCCAGGCAGCAUUACAUAGUACAUAUAUCAGCCAUGUCUCCCUGUACUGAGUUCAAAGAGAACAAUGCUGAGAGCUAGGCCAGGCGCAAUUCACAGAGGGAUUUUUUUCCUCCUUUGUAAUCACAGUGUUCAAUAGGCCAAUAGAAACAUAUUGAAUUUGCCCAGGCUGAGGUGUUCCCUUUUGUGUGUUGCCAUGGAGACAACUGGCCUUUGUUAUCCCCACUGUAUCUCAGAUCCUUUGUUCAUAGAGUCAAACAUUUUGGACUUGUUUGAACACCCAGCUCCCCAGAUUGCUGCCACUAGUGGUCAUCUAUCAGAACUGCAGGGUAUAGGUGGCUGCAACCCAAGAUGGAGAAGUUGCCCGUUACUAUGGCAACACCUCAGGAAAAACCCUAUGGAAAAAAAGGCUGAAUCCAUUAGAGCACCACAGUAAGGUGAGGCAUGCUGUGAAUCAUUAUACAGUACAUGCUGUGUACAGACAAAGGCGUCACUUCGCUGCAGUUCUUAUAUUGAAAAAGAUGACGGCCUCAAUUCAUCACCUACAACCUCACCAUUUAUCUGUGUUUCUCCAUAAUUUGCAUUGCUAACGACUAAUACAGAUUUUAAUGUAUAAUGUGAAAUAUCCAUGUUACCGAUAUUCCUCUUUUAAAAGGUGGAAGUUGUUUUGUAAGGGGAAGACUGGUAAAUCUAAUUGUCUGAUGCGUUGAGCAUUUAAUAAAGUGAAAUUCAAUUUACUAGACAUUUGUCAAUAGACCAUUGUUAGUAACUCAACCAAGGGGCCAGGGUUUCUGUCUAGAAGCACGGUUUUGACUACUCCGGCAGUCUUGCUUUGGUACUGCAGUUUAACUGAUACCCGGCCUAGAAAUACAAUUUCCUUAGUUGGCCAUAUAGAAUACCACAGUCAUAAUAGCCAUAAAACCUAGCGGUCAAGCAAGGAACUGGUUCCAAUCGUUUUUCCACCAUAAAUGUUCCCCCCUGGCAUGACGUUUUAAUAACCGUGUAAAUCUCUCUCGGACAAGGUGACUUUUAUCUAUAUAUAUUCUCCUGUAUUUACCCCCCCAAAAUCAAAUGCUAAUUAGCUGCUAAUGUGGCUAUCAUUAACUACUACAAAUUGCCAUGAUGAUCUGGACGAGACAGCUGAAUCGAGGCAAAGGUAAGAAUCUGUAUUAACUAUCUAAGGUGUCAGCUAGAGAUGACGUGCAGGAGCUUGCAGGGAUUUGUAGUUUUGCCGAAUAUAUUGAUAAGUCACCUUGCCCAAGUGAGAUUUAGACGGUUAUUAAAACGCCACACCAGGGUAAGCCUACACAAACACAGCCCUUAUUUAAAGUGUUUCUAAAAUCACCUAUGGGAAAUAUGAAUGAUGGCGAAAUUAUUGGAACCAUUUUCCUGUUUGACCACUAGGUUUUAUGGGUAUUAUGACACCUCUACUGUGGGGCUCUAUAGAUAAAUCAGAUUAGACAAUUCCUAAUAAAAGACACUUUAGUCAUCUUUAUGCACAAAACAUCCAUUUAAUUAUUCAAAUUGUUGCUGAGGCCGUUUUUUUUCCUUCAUCACUCACAGCCGAAGAAAUUCAGAUGUUAUAUUCAUCCAAUGUCUGCUAUGUGCAUGUGAAGUUGUGCUGUGUAAACCGGAUGUAGCCAUUCCAUGAAUCGGUGAAUGUGAGUAGAUUACAUUGAACACAACAGUCGGACAUCUUGGACAAAGUAAAUCAGCAUUGUGUGUGUGUGAACUGAAUGACCAGUUUUUAAAUAACACACAUUUAAGAACAAUAUGGUGGCAUAUAUUUGAAAAGGGCAGAAUUUGUCUAAUUGUAAAUGUGUUACUCCUGAAACCAGACAUGUUCUUAUCAAUAAAUAUUGAUAAACUGUCAGAUUGCUCAUAACAAAUGUAAUAAUAUGUGAAGGUCAUAAGUAUUAUUCUGUUUGCAUCUAUAUAACUACUUUUAUUGAUCUUGUCUACUCUAUUGAUAUGCAUUCUUAAUUUUUAAAGUAAUGUGAUGUGGAACAUAAGGGUUUUAUACUAUAGUCAACUUACUUUUUAUUGAGCGUUCAGAACUAAUACCUGAUUUUGAGAAGUAAGAAUCUGAAUGGCCCUUUUUAUGAAGUGUAAUUUAUUUUACUAUGUGAUUUGUGUUGCUUUGUGCUUUAUUCCCAUAACCUGUGUGAAAACAACUUGGGCUCCUUGGUCACUUAAAGACUGACUGAAAAUUGCUGAAGGGCUUCAACUACAUUCUCAUGUGACCCACUAGAACAGUGUUUCCCAACACCGGUCCUUUAGUACCCCCAACAGUAGGGAAGAGUGGGGUAAGUUGAGACAUUUUUUUCCUCAGUCAAGGGAAAUAUACUGUAGCAUUCAUUCAAACAAAGAUAUCUACAUAUUUUUCAGGAUGUUAUGUGUCCCUGGAAAUAAUCGGAAUUCAUGUAAACAUUAGUUUUGAAAACCUAGCUUACCUCAGGUAUGGGUUAAGUUGACCCGCAGGACAGAGUAAGUUAAGCCACCUACACAUUUCUGUACUGAAUUAAUUAUUACCCCUACCUUUUUAAAACAUGUUUUUAUUUCCCAAACACAAUCACAUUUGUCUAUUAAUCAUAUUUUAACACAGUCUUAACACAUGACAAACACUUUGCACUUUUCAAAAACACUUUGAGGACACGCCUGGGAAGAAAACGCUUCAAUUUGCUCAACUUGCCAUUGGUUCAACUUAACCCAUAGCCAUUGGCUAAACAUACCAAGGCAAACAUUGACUAUAUUAGCCUACACAGAUACAAGGAUGCACUUUCAUGCAAAGGUUGACCCCAACUGACGUAUAGAACAAUCAAUAAAUUAAUUUGACUUGGUGAAAAUCUGUUUUCUGGACCAAACUUGCUUACUACUGUUUCCAUGUGGUUUCUUUCUUCCCAGACUACAUGCAAUUAGGAUCUCUUUCUAAAUAUUUAGUCCAUUCUGUGUAUGGUUUCCUAGAAACAAGGGCGGCUCAAUUUACCCAACUCUCCCCAUAUCAUUUUGUUGUGGGCCUGGACAAGCACACCUGAUUCUACUUGUCAACUAAUCAUCAAGCCCUCGUUGAGCUGAAUGAGGUGUGUUUGUUCAGGGCUACAACUAAAAUGUGUGCUGUUGGGGUACUGGAGGAGCAGAGUUGGGAAACACUGCACUAGAAUCAGCCAUGCCAAACAGCAGUCAGUCUCUAGAGACAGGGGCUUGUGCCAAUCCAACAGUUAUUGCUGAAUCACCUCAUACAGUAGGACAGGUAUCAUCAACUAGAUUCAGCCACUGGCUGUUUUUUUUUUUUUUUUUUUUCCCCUUCUUGAGCGGAUGGUCAGGGGGCUGGAAAAGAAUUGCAAAUAAUUUGUAGAUUUUCUGCUCAGAAAACUAGAGGGGGGGGGGGUCAAAUAAAAUCAGACUGGAGACAAAUUUGGCCAGUAGGGGCUCCAUUCAAUCUGUAUCAUGUGGAAGGACCACUUGAGGGCAGGAUGGGCUCAUGGAUAGUAGCCCAACAAAGCAUGGGAGACAAGGUAACCAGAGUCAAUUAAGCACAGCUGACGGUUCUAAUGAGAUACUCUCCUUCCCCUAUAAAAGAGAGAAUGGAACCAGCAGAGAAGGGGAAAACUAUCUCAGAGAGAGAGAGAGAGAGAGAGAGAGAGAGAGAGAGAGAGAGAGAGAGAGAGAGAGAGAGAGAGAGAGAGAGAGAGAGAGAGAGAGAGAGAGAGAGAGAGAGAGAGAGAGAGAGAGAGAGAGAGAGAGAGAGAGAGAGAGAGAGAGAGAGAGAGAGAGAGAGAGAGAGAGAGAGAGAGAGAGAGAGAGAGAGAGAGAGAGAGAGAGAGAGAGAGAGAGAGAGAGAGAGAGAGAGAAGCUGUGCUGAAAGAACCCCUAAGAUGGUGACAAACCCGUGAUUUAUGUUUGUUGUAGUUUAAAGAUAAUCCUAUUGUGUUCUUGUUUCAUCUGGAGAAGAUGUGUGUUUUUCCUUGGAAGAUUUUUCAUUGAUUAUGUUAGAAUGUUUUUGUUGACAAAAUACCCUCAAUAGAGAACCGUGUUCAAUCAGAAAAACCUACUCCUGACUCGUUUAUUCCACCUUCCUGCUUUAGAGUGACGCCUAAUUACUUGGUACGCUCACAAUCAUUAAAAUUUAAAGACAAAGUUCCCAUGUUAGCUGACAUGGCAUUCACGGUAAAAGCUGCAGAUGUCGGAACAAUUAGAAACGUUUACAUUUUUAUUGUGCAACUGUAACGCUUCAGCACUACAGACUGAAUAGAGCCCGAGGUGUUCUCUGGGUCUAAUAGAUACAUACUUUCAAAUAGUUGAGCUGCACUUGAUUUGGCAUGCCCAGUACAAUGGAACCAAUGAAAAGUGCAAAGCACAUCAAAUACAGUAUUUGACCUAGGUCUGGUGCUAUGAUGGUUUUGGUUACGUACAAAAUGUUGAUGAGAGCCUGAUGGAAGAUGUUGGAACAAUGUUUAAUGAUCUGUCCUUUGUAUUCCUCAAACUGAACAUUUUUGUAACACGAACUGCUGUAACAUAUGAUGUUUUGAAAUGACUUGUGACCACUGAGAAACAAGAAACUUACUAAUUAAGCUAAAACCUAUUCAAACAAUGUUACCAAUAAACCUUGACUGUUGAACUAA